AAAAAAUUUAAUAACGCGCAGUGAUUAGAUUCUUUGUAUUGAAAGUUUUAAAAGCAAAGGAAAAUGUGUGAACAAUUGUCAGCUUCAAAGCAGGUGAAGUCACAACGAUCAGCAGCGAAGGUUAUGGCAACAGUUUUUUGUGAUGCAAACGGAAUUUUGUUGCUUGAUUAGCUGCAGAAAGGUAAAGCAAACAACUCUGAAUCCUAUAGCAACCUUUGAGAUCAGCUGGUUGACAAAACUCGUGAGAAAAGACCUGGUUUGCAGCACAAAAAAAUACUGAAAAAACCUGCUCACAAAAUAGUUUUAACAAAGACAAAAUUCAACGAAUUAAAGUACGAAUCACAUGAGCAUCCACCGUAUUCAACAGAUUUGGCGACGAGCGACUACCACCGCUACAGAAACCUGCCACAAUUUCUUCGUGGAAAGCGUUUUUCGUCGAAUAAAGAAGCUGUUACAGCCGUAGACGGGUAUUUUGCAGCGCUUGCGGAAAGUCAUUAAAGGGAUGGCAUAAAAUUAAUGGAGGAACAUUGCAAUAAGUGUAUUGAAAACAGUAUUUUUUCAUUUCGAGUGCAGAAACUUUGCAACCAACCUGUAUGUGAAAUGCUCAUAGCUGCCAGCUCCAGUUCAACUUUUAAUCUCUACGCUUCGCACUUGUAGGACUAAUGGCUAAACAGCUACUAACUAGCGCUUUGACAUAAUAAAUAUUAUUAGACUAAUUGAAAUUUAAAAAAUCCCGUACAUCUGUCAUUUUUACACAGCUAAUUCAUUAAUCAUAGCAUAAUCUAUACAAGUCGGUUCCGCUGGGCUGGAUCGCCGUUUCGCCCAUAAUUUCAACAGAACCGAAAAUACGUAUAAAGCUUAACCAGCUAAUUCGCACGAUGAGAAGACAGUGUAAAGGAAAAGUCAUUAAAAAAUCAUGCAGUACGACUUCGCCCCUUUUGACUCUUCCAACUGACGGCAGUUUAUGACACAUAUCAUAGGUCGCCACCACUUCACAAGUGAUGCAUAUGUUUUAACAGCACUGCGGCGGCGGAAGACAACUGAGAUUCGCUGCAAUAUGCGCAAGUUACCGCGACGAAGCACUGCUGAUAUGGCUAAAGUCGGACUUGCAUUAGCACUGCACAAUGAAAACGCAACUCCGCGGGAUACUAACAGCAAAAGAAAGCUUAAAGCCAGAAGUUCAGCGAAAGUUUUAAGUGAACUUAGUGAGGCGGAAGCUGCUGAACAUCAUGUAAGUAGCCAAGAUACGACGAAGUAUCUCUUCAAAACUGCUUGCGCAAUGGGCAUAGUCAUGCCUUCACGCUAUCGGCCACUGUACGUCAUUUAUGGGUUUUUGGUCCACUUCUUUUCCACCUUCUAUUUUCCCAUUGGAUUUACCAUGAUAUUGUUCACCUUGCCAGACGAUGUAAACGUUGGCAAUCUGCUCACUUCGCUGCAGGUCACAUUCGACGUAUAUGGCGGUUCGGCAAAAAUUAUCGUCAUGAUAUUUGUAUUGGAAAAACUGCGUGCCACACAUGUACUCACGCAGCGACUUGACAAGCGUUGCCGUGCGUCGGAUGAGAUCGCCGAGUUGCAGCAAAUGGUGCGCUUCGGUAAAAAGGUUGUUAUAUUUUACUUGACCAUCUUUUUUUGCUACUCGGCCAGCACAUUUUUGUCCUCGUUUUCUUCGGGUUAUCCACCGUAUUCGUUGUAUUUUCCCUUUCUCAAAUGGCGACGCUCGCACACGGAAUUCAUAAUUGCUUCCUUUUUUGAAUUCUUAAUAAUGGACUUCGCCUGCCUGCAGCAAACUGUAAACGAUGGCUAUCCCAUUAUCUACAUUAAUAUGUUGCGUUGUCACAUGAAAAUUUUACAGUUUCGCGUGGAGAAACUGGGUACUAAUCCAACGCUAACGAAGGCAGAACAGCUCACUGAGCUGAAGUUGUGCAUCAAGGACCAUCAAUUGUUGAUUGAGCUCUACGACACUAUAGCGCCUAUCAUCUCGGUAACGCUUUUCAUACAAUUCGCGAUCUCGGCGGUGUGUAUCGGUACAGGACUGAUCAACAUUGUCAUCUUUGCGAAUAAGUUCCAAACACAAGUGGCUUGCUUCUUCUUCAUACUGGCAGUGCUGAUAGAGAUUUACCCAGCUUGUUACUUCUCACAGUGCCUGAUCAAUGAGAGUGACAAAUUGGCGAACGUGAUUUUCCACUCGAAUUGGAUAGAACAAAGCAGCGAGUAUCGCAAACUAUUGAUUUUCUUCUUGCAACGCUCGCAACGUCCCAUGUUUCUGACCGCUGGAAAAUUGUUUCCAGUCACGCUAAGCAGUUUUGUCAGUAUUGCCAAAUUCUCUUUCUCACUUUACACCUUUAUCGAAAAAAUGAAUUUGAAGGAACGUUUCGGAAUCGAGUGAGUAUAGCAAACAGUAAGUCUAACAACUUUUGAAAACACGUCGGGCUGGCGCCUUCAGCACAACACUGGCACAUCUGUCUGAGACCAUAAAAGAUUACUACUCCCGCACCGACAUAUGGAUACCACGCAGCCUUAUCGCUUCAUUUGAAUUAACUGGAUCUAUUUGUUAACUAACUAUAUCACAAGCUCAAAUAAAUCUUAGUGCACAAAGAAUUUUGCUAAGUUAAA